UCUUUUGUGUUGACACCGAUUAACCGGCUCAGAACGCGUGAAAAAAGCCUCGAUACGAUAUGAACCGCACUACAACGGUACUAUUUUACUUCCCGUACGCAUCUAGUUCACGGUUUUCACCUUUCAACAGUUCUCCGUAGUGUUCGUGUUUACCCACCCCCGGUUGGCGAUUUUCCGGCGGUCAAUCUCUUCGGUAAGCGGUGAAAUCGUUUCCGAGAUUUGCGUCACCGCGACACGAGAGCGAGAGUAAAGGCUGAUGAUGAUGAGAUGAUGGACCGCGGAACGGACGGACGGACGGAAAUGCGCGGUCUUUGAUUUUUCACAUUCGACGCCACCAGCAUGGUCGGCCGGCGGCAUUUCAGGGAAGUCGUUCUGUGCGAGUGGUCGUGUUUGAACCCACGUCCACAUCAGGUGGCCGUUUGGUGACACGACAAUUGCUGUUGUCGUCGUCGGUGCGUUGACGAAACCGGUUAAUUGGUCGCAGUGCCCGUGAUAGUCCACCCACUACAGGCGCCCUUCCGCGACUCCCGAGGAAUGAUUGCUCUCCAGUCUUAUCAAUCGUGCUCACAGGAAAGAUAAAAAACACCGAAACGCAUGACAACAUUCCACAAGUGGUGGUGGUGGUUAUUGCAACGUGCGAAGAACGUGCGGAAGUGCAAAUUUAACUAAUUUCCCCGGGGACUCGAUCGCUUCCGGGCUGUGUCGUAGAGGAGAAGAGUAGAGGUGCGUGUGGUUUGUAGUAGUACGAAACGUGCCAAGAUGACUGUGAAGGAUGUGAACAAUGCAGCCCCACCGGCAGCAGAAUGCUCCGAGAAUGCUGCCACCGGUGCAGGCGAUAAGAUUGUGCUUAAACGUAAAAUCACGCUAAUUAACGGUGUUGGCAUAAUCGUGGGAACGAUUAUCGGGUCCGGCAUCUUCAUCUCACCCACCGGCGUGUUUGUCUUCACGAAGUCCGUUGGUUCCUCGCUAAUUAUAUGGAUGCUGAGUGGAAUCCUGUCGACUCUGGGAGCCCUCUGCUAUGCCGAGCUGGGCACCUGCAUCACGCGCUCCGGUGGCGACUAUGCGUAUCUCCUCGUCGCCUUCGGACCACUUGUUGGAUUCUUGCGACUGUGGAUGGCGCUGCUCAUCAUACGCCCUACUACGCAGGCUAUCGUGGCACUCACCUUUGCCCAGUAUGCCGUACGACCGUUUUUCGAGGAUUGUGCUGCUCCGGAAAGUGCUGUCCGUUUAUUGGCCGCAGUAUGUCUGUGCUUCCUGACCGCCAUCAACUGCAUUUCCACGAAAUGGGCAAUGAAAAUCCAGGAUGUAUUCACUAUUGCUAAGCUAACGGCGCUCGUAUCGAUCAUUCUUGCUGGGAUGUACUUCAUGGCAACGGAAUCCCUGGACAACUUCCACAAUCCCUGGGAGGGUGACUACUCGCUUACCAGCCUGGCUUACGCGUUCUAUUCGGGUUUGUUUGCAUUCGGUGGCUGGAACUAUUUGAACUUCGUAACGGAAGAAUUGGAAAAUCCGUACAAAAAUCUUCCGCGUGCCAUCUGGAUCGCAAUGCCCAUGGUGACCGGAAUCUAUGUGUUCGUCAAUAUGGCCUAUUUUGCUGUCGUUUCGCGGCACGAAAUGUUGGCUUCGAUCGCGGUGGCCGUUUCGUUUGGUAACCGUAUGUUUGGUUCGGUAGCCUGGUUAAUUCCGAUCUUCGUCGCACUGAGUACGUUCGGAGGUGUGAACGGAAUCCUGUUCACAUCGGCUCGUCUCUUCUCGACCGGUGCUCAGGAAGGUCAUCUCCCGGCCUGGUUUUCGCUGGUUCAUGUUGACCGUCAAACACCGAUACCGGCCCUGAUUUUCACCUGCAUUACCUCCAUCAUUAUGCUGCUAUCGGCGAACGUGUUUGUGCUGAUUAACUAUUUCAGCCAAAUCCUGUGGCUCUCCGUUGCUGCCAGCAUUGCCGGUCUGCUCUGGUUACGAAUCUCAAAACCUAACAUGCCACGGCCGAUCCGUGUCAAUCUAAUUCUUCCCAUAACGUUUCUGGUGUGCUGCUUGGGGCUAGUGCUGUUGCCUUCAUUUUCGGAACCCUUUAAUUUGAUCGUCGGGCUGGCCAUCACGCUCUCCGGAGUACCAGUCUAUUACGUGUGUAUUGUAUGGCGACGGAACAAACCUUCGAAAAACGGACUCAUGCACUGGAUUGAACGCGGUUGCCAGAUUCUGUUCAAUGCCGCUUUCGUCGAUUGCCACCACGACCGAAAACGGGAACGAGAAUUUUCUGAAAUGCAGACGAGCAUCGAGGACAAAAGCGUUAGCCACUGAGUAGUAACGGUCGAGCAUUUUACAGUGAAUGUUUUAGAUAGAUUUCAGUGCUUUAUUUGUUGCGGCUGUUCAUACUGCUGAAUGGAUUGUCUUCAAACGACCACGACGACGGAGGACACUUGUGGCCAAAAUGAAAUUCGAACAACCAGCGUGGUAACCAUAAUGUUUAGUACAAGCUGUUCGAAGUAUAUUUAUUGAAAACAACAACGAGGAAUGUACACGCGGAGUUGUUAAUCUUAUAUAAAGCGAACGUGAACAAACUACUGAACGUUAUACUGAAUAUUAUACCUAGCCAUAGCCGGCAGCAUCCGUCAAAGACAGGCGUUUCCUAAGCUUAUACUGUAGUACUUACCGCUCGAUGUGCAUGUAAGACUUACCACAAAUAAAAAGAAUAUCUGAUGUGCUCUCUACAAAGGCCAUAAA